AUGUCGGGCGCUAUAUCGAUACAACCGAGUCGUUCCUGGCAUGGGAAUGAUGGCAACUGGUCCACUUUCGCAUUCCGGAUAGGAGAUCCGGAUCGCGUGGUCAAUUUACUCCCAGCAACAAUUGGAACAUCAUUCUGGCCGGUCAACAUCCAAGGAUGCUAUUAUCCCCCUACCGGCAUCGGGUCUGAUCCAGAGGAGUGUCCGGAACUCAGAGGAGGACUGUUAGAUCCCUCAGUCUCAACCAGCAAGUCCGUCCUGCCCUGCGAAGAUGGCCCAUUCUGCGAGCUUCCGUAUAACGCUGCGGAGAAGGCGCUCGGCUACGUGGGAGCAGCAGCAGUUGCGCUCGACACGGUCGUUCUGGGCACUGGAGCUGAGUCACCAAGAAUCGAACAACAAGUCGUUGCUGCCUACGCGGACGCGAAUUAUCGACCUUUUGUAGGCUCCUUUGGCCUGAGUGCAUACCCGGUGUAUGUCAAUGGCACUUCCUUGGACGACGGGCGGCCCUCUAUGCUGCAGACGCUGCGUACGAAUAAUGUGAUCGGAAGCCAAUAUUUCGCAUACACCGCAGGUGCAUAUUAUCGUGGCGAACCUUCGCAGUGGGCCAGUCUGACCCUUGGCGGCUACGAUCAAUUACGUGGCAACGACCCCGAUGAUAGGCUUGCCGUCACUCUGAGUAGCGAUAGUUCGUCCGACUUGAUCCUCAGAAUUCGCGAAAUAGACGUCGGUGAUGGCUUGGUAAACAAUGCACGAAUUCCAGCUCAAGUCAACUCGCUGGUUCCGGAGAUCUGGUUGCCAACGUCCGCCUGCAACAUCUUCGAAGAUGCGUUCGGACUGGAGUGGAACAGUACUUUGAACUAUUACCUGGUCAGCGAGGAGCAGCAUCAACGCAUGCUCCAAUUCAACCGAUCAGUCACUUUCCUGUUGGCAGCGAACGACACCUCGAAAGAUGUUCCGAUAGUAUUGCCAUACGCAGCAUUCGACUUGGAGCUCCAGUGGCCGCUGGCGAACAUCACCGACACCAGCACGAGGCGGCGAUACUUUCCGCUGAGGCGUGCGCCUGACGAUGGCAGAUCCAAUGUCCUGGGGCGAGUGUUCCUGCAAGAAGCAUAUCUUGCCGUAGAUUAUGACAAGCGCGAGUUCUACCUUUCGCAGGCCCGAUUCCCGGAGACACCAUCAGAUACCAAGCUUGUAUCCCCAAGCGGAGUCGGCGAUGGUGGCUCAGAUGGUCUCAGCGUUGGCGCGAUAGUCGGUAUCGCAGUGGGUGCCGCUGCUGUUGUCAUCAUCUUGCUCGCAGUAGCUUUCUGGUUCUGGCGUCGUCGCCGUCGUGCGCAGCGAGAGGAGCGGGAGCUGCAGUACGCUGCAUCCGGCGUCUUCUCGCGCAACUCGAUUGCAGGAACGACCAUUAACGACACGCCGACGCCGAAUAACAUGGAGUUCUACAAAGCGGAUGCGCAACCAGGGAUGGCAGAGCACAAGCCCGAACUCGAUGCAACCGGAACCGCUCGAGGAACUAACGCGUACCACCGCCACGAGCUUUCAGCAGGAAGUGUACGAAAGACUUCGCAGCAGACUGGCAUCUCUCGAUCAGCCAUCUCGCCAGUUUCGAAUCGUCAUACGCGCAGCAUGUCGUAUGGAAGUUCUCUGAGCCAGCCGAGUCCGAGUUUGGAGCACUCGCCUUCACCUGGGCACGCAUCGCCUGCCUCGAACCAUGCGAGCAACGCGUGGUUUGGCGGCUCCGGGCCAUUUCAUGAGUUGCAUGCAAACGAGAUGGCCAUGCGAGGGGAGCAACCGCACUCUGGACGUCCGAUCUCUGGAGAAUCAGUUGGUGUAGCGCCUGCAAGAGAAGCGAGUCCUAUUCCAGCACCGCUAGUACCUGCCGCAGCGGGCGUCUCAGCGACACUCAGCUCGCCAGCGGAGGUGAGAAGUCCAGUGUCUCCGGAAGAGAGGCGAGUGAUCGAUUAG